UUCCUGCCCCCGCCCUCAGUCCUGUUCCGCUUCACACCACCAAGAAUGAGCUGCACCAAGCGCGGCCGCUGCGAUGACUCCCCGACGCUGGAGGACCCGUAUGUCACCCCCGAGAAACCGGCGAAGAAGCCGUGCGGGGAGGCGAGCGACAACUACGAGGCGUGGGAGGUGGAGGACGUGUGCCUGUUCUUACAGCAGCAGGGGCUGGGGGAGCUGCAGGACACCUUCAGAGAAAAUCAAGUAACGGGAAAAAAUCUUCCGUACCUCACAGAAGACCAUCUGAAAGAAAUGAACGUCAGUCCUGUAGGAAAAAGAUUGGAUGUGGCCCGUAGUUUACAUCUGCUGUGUCACAGCCACAGUCCCGAGAUGAAGGUCUUCAAUGAUCCCAUACAUGGACAUAUUGAGUUACACCCGUUGUUAGUUCACAUAAUAGACACUCCUCAGUUCCAGCGUCUGCGAUAUAUCAAACAGCUUGGAGGCAGCUACUAUGUGUUCCCAGGAGCCACCCACAAUAGAUUUGAGCACUCCAUUGGUGUUGGUCACCUGGCUGGAUGCCUUGUACGCACCUUACAUGAAAGACAGCCAGAGCUACAAAUAAAUGAACGAGACAUCUUGUGUGUCCAGAUUGCAGGCCUGUGCCAUGACUUGGGACAUGGACCGUUUUCUCAUAUGUUUGAUGGAAGAUUCAUGCCUCUUGCAUGUCCACAGAAGAAUUUCAAGCACGAGACUGCUUCUGUAAAGAUGUUCGACCACCUUAUUGAAUCCAAUCAACUGGAAACCAUAAUGAAAAGAUAUGGCCUCGUCUUGCCUGAAGACUUAAAAUUUAUUAAGGAGCAGAUAGCCGGACCUCUGCCUCCUGAAGAUGACUGUUUCAAUUCUAGUCAGAAUACAUCUUGGCCUUAUGAAGGUCGUCGAGAAGACAAAAUCUUUCUUUAUGAGAUUGUGGCCAACAAACGCAAUGGCAUUGAUGUGGAUAAAUGGGACUACUUUGCCAGGGACUGUCAUCAUCUGGGUAUUCAAAACAACUUUGAUUAUAAGCGAUUUGUCAAGUUUGCGAGAGUUUGUGCUGUUGGGAAAAAGAAACACAUAUGCACCAGAGAGAAGGAGGUUGGAAAUCUGUAUGAUAUGUUCCACACACGCAACUGCCUCCAUCGGCGUGCAUACCAGCAUAAAGUUGGCAACAUCAUUGAGACAAUGAUUACCGAUGCUUUCUUGAAAGCCGAUCCACAUAUAAAGAUUGAAGGAUCAGAUGGGAAGUACUAUACAAUCUCUGGCUCAGUGGAUGACAUGGUUGCCUAUACCAAGCUGACAGAUAAUAUUUUGCACCAGAUUUUAUACUCCAAUGAACCCGAACUGUCCAAAGCCCGAGAUAUACUGCGCAAAGUAGAACGUCGGCAACUCUACAAGUACGUGGGACAGACUCAGCCGAAUGCAGAUAGCGGGAUUAAGCCGGAGGAGUAUGACAAACUACCAGCUGACCUGGCAAAUUCCACCCCACAGUACUGUACAUCAGACAUCAGGCUCAGCCCUGAGGAUUUUAUAGUGGAUGUCAUUCAUAUGGAUUACGGCAUGAAAGAGCAAAAUCCCAUCAACAACAUGCGAUUUUACUGCAAGACUGAUCUGACCAAAGCUAUAAAAAUCACCAAAGAUCAGGUUUCACAGCUUCUCCCAGAGAAGUUUGCAGAGCAGAUCAUCCGUGUCUACUGCAAGAAAACUGAUGAAAAGAGCUUGGAGGUGGCUAAGAGAUAUUUUGUGCAGUGGUGCAUGAACAGGGACUUCUCCAAACCUCAGGACAUUGAUGUUGUAGCCCCAGAUAUGACUCCAUUGAAGCCCAGCUGGGUUGCAAAAGAAGAUGAAAACAGUGAUUCAGAGCACAGAGUUCUCUUGCAGAAAUCCAGGGUCAGGCUGUUCAACAAUUAAGUGCUUUGGUCUUUCAUCUUUACAGUUCUAGCAGCUCAUGGACCCAGUUUGUUUUAAGCUGCUUAUUUACCCUUCAGUAUUGCAGAUAGUUUACAGCAAUUUAUAUGAUGAACCCCAGUCUAAUAAUUCUAUCCAAAUUGAUAUUUCAGUUUCUUGCCAUGUCAUAAGGGGUGUUACCUAACCUUUUUCAUACAGUGUAAAAUAUUUUAAAGAGAAAACCAUGGACAGACUGUUAAACCACUUGAUGGGCAAAUUGCAUGUGUGUCUUUGGCUCUCAGGUUUCACUCAUUCAAGGGUAUCGUACCCCUGUUUAAAGGGCAGCUGUCAGCAAAUUUGU